AUGUCUGAAAUCUAUAUUGUCGCAGACGUCCGUACCCCACUUGGUGCAUUUAAUGGAAGUCUCUCCGGAAUAUCAGGUACUGAACUAUGUGCAGCUGCUAUGAAGGCUUGUGCUGAAAAAUCAGGAAUUGCAAUUGAACAAUUUAAUUCAAUAUAUAUAGGUAACGUUGUUUCAGCCGGAAUCGGCCAAAAUCCGGCCAAACAAGCCGCACUUGCUGCUGGUUUUCCUGUUACAACUCCAUGUACAUUAAUUAAUAAAGUUUGCUGCUCAUCGAUGAAAGCAUUGCAAUUAGGCGUAUUGGAAAUAAAAGCAGGUGAUUCUCAAGCAGUUAUGAUUGGUGGCUUUGAAAAUAUGUCUAGAUGUCCUCAUCUAUUACAAAAUUCCAGAAAUGGCUAUAGACUUGGAAAUUUCUCUGCGAUUGAUAGCUUGAUCAAUGAUGGACUUUGGGAUGCUAAGUAUAAUCAAAUGAUGGGACAGCUUGUUGAUGUAUUAAAUGAAAAACAAGGAAUUUCACGUGAAGAUCAAGAUCGUUUUGCCAUUCAAUCAUUCGAUCGUGCCACUAAAGCUUGGGAAGAACAUGCUUUUGAUGAACAAAACGUUCCAAUCAAAACUUCAUCAGGCGAAUAUAAAAUGGAUGAGUCAAUUUUGAAAUUACGCCGUGAGAAAGUUCCUCAACUUAAACCAGCAUUCUCUCCAACAGGAACAAUAACUGCUGCUAAUGCAUCAUCAAUUUCUGAUGGUGCUGCAGCAGUUGCAAUUUGCUCUUCUGAGUUUGCAAAGGAACACAACCUCAAACCAAUAGCGAAAAUCAUUUCCUAUGGUGAAGCUGGUGUAGAUCCAUCAGAAUUUCCACUUGCUCCCCUUGAAGCAGUAAAAAUUGCAUUAUCAAGGGCAAAACUUUCAACAGAUGAUAUUGACCUUUGGGAAUUCAAUGAAGCAUUCGCUUCUGUUCCCUUGAUGCUUAUAAAAGGACUCGGAAUCUCUGAGGAAAAAGUAAAUAUUCUCGGAGGUGCCGUUGCUAUGGGACAUCCGCUUGGAUGCUCAGGAAUUCGUAUUGUUACAACACUUAUCGCCGCUUUAAAGCAUCGUGGCCUCAAGAGAGGCUGCGCCGCGCUUUGCAAUGGCGGUGGUGGAGGAAAUAGCGUCAUUAUUGAGAUGUUAUAA